CUUGGUGACGUCACUGGCCAGGCCAGCCGGCGCCAUUUUGAAAGUGGAGUCGCCUGCCCCUGCCGCUGCCGCCGCCGCCGUCGCUGUCGUAGCCGCCGCCGCUGCUGCCGGAGAAAGAGCACGAGCGGGGAAGCCCCAGAGUGAAAUCUAGCAUCCUGCCGGCUGGUCUGCCCGCCCCUCCUUCCUUUUCCCCCGGCCCCCGUCCCCUCCCCCCGCAGGUGCCAUCCGCCGCCAUCCGCCCUCUCUACCCCCCCAUCCCCAGGUGAGGGGGGUGAGUUCAGGAAGCGGAGACCCCGAGGAACCCAGCAGGGUCACCAUUUGCAGCGCAACAUGGCAGGAGCUGGAGGAGGGAAUGAUAUUCAGUGGUGUUUUUCUCAGGUGAAAGGAGCAGUAGAUGAUGAUGUAGCAGAAGCAGAUAUAAUUUCUACAGUAGAAUUUAAUCAUUCUGGAGAAUUACUAGCAACAGGAGAUAAAGGUGGUAGAGUCGUCAUCUUUCAACAAGAGCAGGAGAACAAAAUCCAGUCUCAUAGCAGAGGAGAAUAUAAUGUUUACAGCACCUUCCAGAGCCAUGAACCAGAGUUUGACUACUUGAAAAGUUUAGAAAUAGAAGAAAAGAUCAACAAAAUUAGGUGGUUACCCCAGAAAAAUGCUGCUCAGUUUUUAUUGUCUACCAAUGAUAAAACAAUAAAAUUAUGGAAAAUCAGUGAAAGGGACAAAAGACCAGAAGGGUAUAACUUGAAAGAGGAAGAUGGAAGGUAUAGAGAUCCUACUACAGUUACUACACUACGAGUGCCAGUCUUUAGGCCUAUGGAUCUAAUGGUUGAGGCCAGUCCACGAAGAAUAUUUGCCAAUGCUCAUACAUAUCACAUCAACUCAAUUUCUAUUAAUAGUGAUUAUGAAACAUAUUUAUCUGCAGAUGAUUUGCGGAUUAAUCUUUGGCAUCUGGAAAUUACAGACAGGAGUUUUAACAUUGUGGAUAUCAAGCCUGCCAAUAUGGAAGAGCUAACAGAAGUGAUUACAGCAGCAGAAUUUCAUCCAAACAGCUGUAACACAUUUGUAUACAGCAGCAGUAAAGGAACUAUUCGGCUAUGUGACAUGAGGGCAUCUGCCCUCUGUGAUAGACAUUCUAAAUUGUUUGAAGAACCUGAAGAUCCCAGUAACAGGUCAUUUUUUUCCGAAAUCAUCUCCUCUAUUUCGGAUGUAAAAUUCAGCCAUAGUGGUCGAUAUAUGAUGACUAGAGACUAUUUGUCAGUCAAAAUUUGGGACUUAAAUAUGGAAAACAGGCCUGUGGAAACAUACCAGGUGCAUGAAUACCUCAGAAGUAAACUCUGUUCACUGUAUGAAAAUGACUGCAUAUUUGACAAAUUUGAAUGUUGUUGGAAUGGAUCUGACAGUGUUGUCAUGACUGGAUCUUACAAUAAUUUCUUCAGAAUGUUUGACAGAAACACAAAGCGAGACAUAACCCUAGAAGCAUCGCGGGAAAACAAUAAGCCUCGCACAGUUCUGAAGCCUCGCAAAGUCUGUGCAAGUGGCAAGCGAAAGAAAGAUGAAAUAAGUGUUGACAGCCUAGACUUCAAUAAGAAAAUCCUUCACACAGCCUGGCACCCCAAGGAAAAUAUCAUUGCCGUAGCUACUACAAACAAUCUGUAUAUAUUUCAAGACAAAGUGAAUUAGGGUUGGCAUUCCUAGCAGAAGAACCCACUUCCUGCUUAGUUGAGAUAGUUGAAUCUAGCAUUCGUUCCUAUAAAAGAGAGAGGUCCAUUGUGGCGCCCCUUUCCAGUGUUUGACAGUGUGCCAUUCGACAACACAUUGUUAUAGCUACAUGGAGAAAGCUCUGUGGAUUCAUCACUGUGGUGUUCUCCAUGUCUGCUAGCCAUUUAGGUAAGGGUAGGGCACUUUUAAUUUAAAUGACUUCUUGCACCAUCUUGCCUAAUGGACUAGAUUGGACUGUAUCAACAUUGAUUUACUCCACUUUUUAUGCCUUCCAUUGUGAUGACGUCAAACACAGUGAAAGCCUUCAGUCAUGCUAUGGGAUUUAAUUGUGUAUCCUCAUUACUGUAUCAUUUGUGGGGUACACCCCUUCCCCCUUUUUUUAAAUUAAAUACAGCUCAUUCUUACUGUGGCUUGUAGCAUUCCUCCUCUUCUGGCCUCCUGGACUCCUCCCCUUCAUCUCUCUUACCCUUGCCCCCUCCACCCGGUCUUGGUGGUGGUAUAUUAAAAAAAGAAAGAAUGAAAGCACACAAAAUGAGUCAGUUUGGGGUCAGUGGUAUAAAGGGGGUAUAUGUUGCGAACAAAUGUUUUAAUAACAGUUGGCUGUAAUCACUCCUCGCCGUGUCUGGCACUGAAAAUAAGGAAAAAAAAAAACCUACUACUGAAUAAAAGUGACAAA